AUGCUCGAUGUGCCAGGACGGGCCUUGAUGGACCAGGAUUUCCGGGGAACGGGCGAUGUCGGCCGAGAAGAUCCAGUGAAAUCGCAUCAAAUCGAGUGGAGCAACGAGUUUCCCGACGGGAAAGUCGACAGCGCCAAACCGCUAGCCCGAGUCAAGCAUGGUGACUGGUCCACCAGGAUUGCCAGUGGGCUGGGCCAACGGCUCUCUCCAGCGUGA